UUGGUGUGUUUUCAGAUCAGGGUGCUGACAGAAAGGAUGUUCAAACAUCUUCGGAAAUGGUUUGUCACUCGAAUUUUGGGACAUUCUCGGCAAAGAGCGAGGCUGGUCUCCAAGGAUGGGAGAUGCAACAUAGAGUUUGGCAAUCUGAAUGCUCAGUCGAGGUUUAUAUUCUUUGUGGACAUCUGGACGACUGUGCUUGACCUCAAGUGGAGAUACAAAAUGACCAUCUUCAUCACAGCCUUCCUGGGGAGUUGGUUCCUCUUUGGUCUCCUGUGGUACGCAGUAGCCUACAUUCACAAAGACCUCCCUGAGUUCCAUCCUUCUGUCAAUCAUACUCCUUGUGUGGAAAACAUUAAUGGUUUGACCUCAGCAUUUCUGUUUUCACUGGAAACUCAAGUGACCAUUGGUUAUGGCUUCAGGUGUGUGACAGAGCAGUGUGGCACGGCCAUUUUCCUCCUUAUCUUCCAGUCUAUCCUUGGGGUGAUCAUCAAUUCUUUCAUGUGUGGUGCCAUUUUAGCAAAAAUCUCCAGAUCCAAAAAAUGUGCCAAGACCAUCACAUUCAGCAAGAAUGCAGUGAUUAGCAAGCGGGGUGGAAAGCUCUGUCUCCUGAUCCGAGUGGCUAAUCUUAGGAAGAGUCUCCUUAUUGGCAGUCACAUAUAUGGAAAGCUUCUGAAGACCACAGUCACUCCUGAAGGAGAGACCAUUAUUUUGGACCAGAUCAAUAUCAACUUUGUAGUGGAUGCCGGGAAUGAGAAUUUAUUCUUUAUUUCUCCACUGACCAUUUACCACGUCAUCGACCACAAUAGUCCCUUCUUCCACAUGGCCGCAGAAACCCUCCUCCAGCAGGACUUUGAACUAGUGGUGUUUUUAGAUGGCACCGUGGAAUCAACCAGUGCUACCUGCCAAGUUCGAACAUCCUAUGUCCCAGAGGAGGUGCUUUGGGGCUACCGUUUUGCUCCCAUAGUAUCCAAGACCAAGGAAGGGAAAUACCGAGUGGAUUUUCAUAAUUUUAGCAAGACAGUGGAGGUAGAGACCCCUCACUGUGCCAUGUGCCUUUAUAAUGAGAAGGAUGCCAGAGCCAGGGCAAAGAGAGGCUACGAUAACCCCAACUUCAUCUUAUCAGAAGUCAAUGAAACAGAUGACACUAAAAUGUGACAGUGAGUUUUUAACACUAGUAAAGCAAAGUGGCAAAGGCACCUAAUGACUAGAAGAUGAUAAAGCAAUCAGCAAGUCUGGGGUAUGAAAAUGGACAAGAGGGUUCCAAGUCUGUCAGACCCAUACCCCCGAUCCCCAUAACCAUGAUUCUACAAGAGACAUAUCACGAAAAGGCAACUGCAUUAAACAAGCAGCAUAUUUUUAUGAAACUGAAAUAGGGAGCCCCAGAGCUUCCUUGGAAUUUGAAUGAUUAUUUGAAAUCAUGCAGUAUUGAAGGGAAUAGUGAAAAUCAUCAAAAAUCUCAGGG